AUGGAUGCUGGCCUUAUUAACGGGGUCCUUUUCCUCGAUCUCAAAAAAGCGUUUGAUACGGUUGACCACCAGAUCCUUAUUAAGAAACUUGAAUUAUACGGAAUCAAAAAUAGUGCGUUAACAUGGUUUUCUUCCUACUUACAUGGAAGAACUCAAGUUUGUAGAGUUAAUAAUAUUACAUCAUCCUCAAAACAUAUUUCGUGUGGUGUUCCACAAGGAUCUAACCUGGGUCCCCUCCUAUUUUUAAUUAACAUAAAUGACUUGCCUAACUGUUUAAAAAAAUCAAAACCAGCUAUGUAUGCUGAUGAUACUAAUUUAUCUGUUACUGGAGAAAGUGCAAAUGAUAUCGAAGUGAGAUUGAAUACUGAACUUAAAAAUGUUCAUGAAUGGCUAACAGCGAAUAAAUUAACACUUAAUACUGAGAAAACCGAGUACAUGAUUCGGCGGUUCGUAUCAGAGAAUUUCAAAUAUUCAAAAAGAAGAUGA